CCCAAAAGACCCCUCCCUAUCCUCUGCUCGCUCCGAACAUCACAGCUCACGGCGACAACAAAGGUCAACAGACAAACAGCUUCAGAGAAAGCCAUGAACGCUAAUCUCCUCAAAAUCCAACACCAACUUUUGCUUUUCCGAAUUUCCCAAACUACCCUUCCCCGCCUUCCUCCCUCCACUCACCUCUUUCAGAAACUACCCUUCCAAUCAUCUUCACUUUCCUUCGCUAAACCUGCCCAAUGCUUCAAAUUUUCAAGCCCUUCCAAAGUCGAAACACCGGUUUACUUUGAAGAAAGAGAAGGACCCAACAAUGGGUCGUCGGUGGAAUUUGAAGACUUGGCACCAAACGGUCUCGUUUACAGGAAGACGCUGAGAUUGGUGGAGUGUUCCAUGUUUGCUGCUGUUACUGGACUCAUCUAUUUCUUGAGCAAUUCCCUCGCAAUUGAGAACUACUUUGGGUGUUUCUUUUCAUUGCCAAUAGUGAUCUCCUCUAUACGAUGGGGUGUUGCAUGUGGAAGGAAACAAUUGGUGGCGACAGUUAUGUUAUUGUUUGUCUUGUCUGGCCCUGUAAAAGCCCUAAACUAUUUGCUUACGCAUGGAAUACUUGGUUUUACAAUGGGUGCUUUAUGGAGGCUGGGAGCUGAUUGGAGUGUCUCGAUUUUCUUGUGCACAAUUGCUCGAUCAAUGGGUGCAAUGGGCUAUGUCUUCACAACUUCUUUCUUAAUAAGAGAAAACAUACUGGCUUUGAUCACUAUAAACAUUCAUGCUUCUCUGAUGUACAUUUUUGCUGCCGUGGGCAUCAAUUUGAUUCCGUCUAUGAACUUCAUAUAUUUCUUAUUUGGGAUUUUGGUUUUGCUUAAUAGUGCCUCCUUUGUGUUCUUGCUGCACCUCUUGUAUUCGGUGUUCCUUACCAGAAUGGGAAUGAAGACUUCAUUGAGAUUGCCAAGAUGGUUGGAGAAGGCUAUAUGAUGUAUAUUGUUGCUAAAUUGCAUUGAAUUUUUAUCCACUUAAAAAGUUGUUGUUCAACUCUAUUGAUGUGAAAAGUGAAAGUGCAAGAGAUAGGGGA